GGGGUCGCGGAGUUGCUUUGUGGGGUGCUCUGGAAGGCCGGCUCAGCCCCCCUUCAGAGUCGUGAAUCCUGACCUUCACUCAGAGAACCUCUGCUGGGCUCCUGUGCGCUGGUCUCUGCGCUAAGCCUGGGGACAUUCGAUCCAGCGGGGACGGAGUAUGGUGACCGAGCUCGGUUUGACCGGGGUGCCCCAGAACGGAGGGUGUGGGAAGGUUAAUAAGGCUGCUCUUUGGCGUAAAUUGCCAUCGAUUAGGGAUCGUUUCUCAGAAUCGAGUUAGAAGUGAGAGUUCAGAUAAGUGAGGCCGCCAUUGCUGCUUUGAACACCUCAGAAGGGGAGAAUGGAUUUAUCAGGAGUGAAAAAGAAGAGCUUGCUAGGAGUCAAAGAAAAUAAUAAAAAGUCCAGCACUAGGGCUCCUUCUCCUACCAAACGCAAAGACCGCUCUGAUGAGAAGUCCAAAGAUCGUUCUAAAGACAAAGGGGCCACCAAGGAGUCGAGUGAGAAGGAUCGCGGCAGGGAUAAAGCUCGAAAGAGGCGCAGCGCUUCCAGUGGUAGCAGCAGCACCAGGUCUCGGUCUAGCUCGACCUCCAGCUCUGGUUCCAGCACCAGCACAGGCUCAAGCAGUGGUUCUAGCUCCUCUUCGGCAUCGAGCCGCUCAGGAAGUUCUAGCACAUCCCGAAGCUCCAGCUCCAGCAGCUCCUCUGGCUCUCCGAGUCCUUCUCGGCGCAGACACGACAACAGGCGGCGCUCCCGCUCCAAAUCCAAGCCACCUAAAAGAGAUGAAAAGGAGAGAAAGAGGCGGAGCCCUUCCCCAAAACCCACCAAAGUGCACAUUGGGAGGCUCACCAGGAACGUGACCAAGGAUCACAUCAUGGAGAUAUUUUCAACCUAUGGGAAAAUUAAAAUGAUUGACAUGCCCGUAGAGAGGAUGCAUCCUCAUCUGUCCAAAGGCUAUGCGUACGUGGAGUUUGAGAAUCCGGAUGAAGCUGAGAAGGCGCUGAAGCACAUGGACGGAGGACAAAUCGAUGGCCAGGAGAUCACUGCAACUGCUGUGCUGGCCCCCUGGCCUAGGCCACCUCCCAGGCGGUUCAGCCCUCCCAGGAGAAUGUUGCCACCACCUCCCAUGUGGCGCAGGUCACCCCCACGUAUGAGGAGAAGGUCUCGCUCCCCGAGGCGCAGGUCCCCUGUGCGCCGGCGAUCGCGCUCCCCUGGCCGCCGCCGCCACAGGAGCCGCUCCAGCUCCAACUCCUCCCGAUAAGCAGGGUCAUCAAAGCCCGCACCCCUGUAACUUAUGCCCAUCCAUGUCAGUCCUGUCACUUCUAGCCACAGGAGGAUUGGUAGGAAAGGAA